AUGAGCAACGAGCAUGACAUGAAGAGAUGGGAGCAACGAAACAAAUUGUCCAUACUGAGUACACAAAAUCGUCAAAACGUUCAUCUGUCCUCUGAUCAUAACGAUCUGGCUGAUAUUCCAAGCGACCAUGGUAAUAAUUCAGACGAAAUGAGCCCGCCAAGACACGGUGACCAUUCGGACCCCCCAGCUGAAGAAUGCAGGGAGGGCGAGACAGCUAAGCAUCCCAAGCCUCGAGGUAGCUCAAGCAACGAGCUCGGGGCCGGGAGAGCAGCCCAGCAGCAGAUUGACAAGAAAAUCCCAGGGGGGCGGAUGGGUUUCUCUUUGGCAGGGCCACGGAUGACGCGUCACCCAUCCACGUAA